UUGCCGGAGGAAGCAGGCGGGCCGCUCGAUUGCUCUUGUGAAGGAAGUGGGUCACGGGUUCUAAGAAAAGAUGAGCAUCUCGAAGACAGGCAGCUUCGCGUCUUUUGGUCUGUGCUGAUCCAGGAGAGAACCUUCGAGCACUUUUUGUUAAAGAAAGAAAGAAAAAGAAAAUCAUGUGCUCUACGGACAAACGGCCCAGCACGAGCCACUGAGCAGGUUGAGAGACCAGACGCUGAACAGGAGAAGUUCUUCAGAGAGGUGUGGACAGGGACAGCACAAUGCAGGACCCAGCGGCCGACUUGCCCUUCUUCUUUGGUUGCAUCACCCGCUAUGAAGCGGAGGACGAGCUCAAGCUGGCAGGCAUGACGGAUGGCCUCUUCCUUCUGCGCCAGUGUCUGCGCAGCUUAGGCGGCUACGUCCUCUCCUUGGUGUUCGAUCUCCACUUCCACCACUACCCCAUUGAGAGGCACAUGAAUGGCACAUACGCCAUAUCGCAGGGCAAAUCCCACUGCGGGCCCGGAGAACUGUGCGAAUUCUACUCGCGUGACCCUGAUGGCCUGGUCUGCACCCUCAGGAAGCCCUGCCUGCGCCCCAGCAGCACACAACCCAAGCCAGGCGUCUUCGACAGUCUCCGGGAGAACAUGAUGCGGGAGUAUGUGCGGCAAACCUGGAACCUGGAGGGAGAUGCGGUGGAGCAGGCCAUCAUCAGCCAGGCCCCUCAGCUGGAGAGGCUUAUCGCCACCACCGCUCACGAGAAGAUGCCCUGGUACCACGGCGCCAUUUCACGAGAGGAGGGUGAGAGGCGACUCUACGCUGGCAUGUUGCCUGAUGGCAAAUUUCUCAUUCGCGACCGCAAGGAGGUGGGCACGUUUGCGCUCUCCAUGAUAUACGGCAAGUCGAUAUACCACUACCAGAUCAUCCUGGACAAGUCGGGGAAGUUGUCAAUGCCGGAGGGGACCAAGUUUGACACCGUGUGGCAGCUGGUCGAGUAUCUGAAGAUCAAGCCUGACGGCCUGGUGCACACACUCAAGGAGCCCUGCGUGAAUCCCAAUCAGUCCUUCGUUGGUCCAGCGCCGGCGCCCCCCUCUGGUGCUAGGAAGUUCGGUGCCAAUGGCUACACCCCCCCUCCUAAAGCAAUCGACAUUCCUGAUGGACACCGGCCAAUGCUGCCCAUGGACGCCACCGUGUAUGAGAGCCCCUACAGUGACCCCGAGGAGCUCAAAGACAAGAAGCUCUUCCUGAAGAGGGAGCAACUGAUGAUCGAUGAGGUGGAGUUGGGCUCAGGCAACUUCGGCUGCGUUAAGAAGGGGGUCUACAAGAUGAGACGGAAACAAAUCGACGUGGCCAUAAAGGUGCUGAAGAGUGAGAAUGAGAAGGGGGUCAAAGAUGAGAUGAUGAAGGAAGCCGAGAUCAUGCACCAGCUGGACAACCCCUACAUUGUCCGAAUGAUUGGCAUCUGCCAGGCUGAGAGCCUCAUGCUGGUCAUGGAGAUGGCAAAGGACGGCCCACUUAACAAAUUUCUCUCAAGUAAAAAAGAGGAGAUCCCAGUCGAGAACAUCGUGGAGCUCAUGCACCAGGUCUCCAUGGGCAUGCUGUACUUGGAGCAGAAGAAUUUUGUCCACCGUGAUCUGGCUGCCCGCAACGUGCUGCUGGUGCACCAGCAUUAUGCCAAGAUUAGUGACUUCGGCCUGUCCAAGGCGCUGGGCGCAGACGACAACUACUACAAGGCUCGCAGCGCCGGCAAGUGGCCACUCAAGUGGUACGCGCCCGAGUGCAUCAACUUCCACAAGUUCUCCAGUAAGAGCGACGUCUGGAGCUUUGGGGUCACCAUGUGGGAGGCCUUCAGUUACGGGCAGAAGCCAUACAAGAAAAUGAAAGGCCCAGAGGUGAUACAGUUCAUCGAAUCGGGCAGCCGCCUGGACUGCCCCUCAGUGUGCCCACCAGAGAUGUACAGCCUCAUGAAGGCGUGCUGGACAAUCAAACACGAGGACCGCCCCGGGUUUGUGGACGUCGAGUCCCGCAUGCGGACCUACCAUUACUCCAUCUCCAAGAAGGCCAAUGCAGAAAAGAUGGCAGAAGAGCAAAAGUUGGCAUAGUGAACUGCAAUCCUCGCCUCGACCGCCAGGAGGACCCCCCCCCUCCCAAAUCUCCAAGCUUGCUGGCAUCUGAGAAUUCAGGAUGAAAGAACAGACAAAGCAAAGUGACACAAAUGAGUGAUGUGAGCCACCAAGGGUUUUAGGGACCACCUUGAGCCUUUGGGGGUGUGCAGAUAAACCCCAUGAAAAUGUGCCAUCCACCGAAUGCCAACCUCAGACUGUCAUCAUGACCAGAACUGUUAGAAGAGGGACACACACUCAGGGUCACAGAGCUGGCACUGGCCUGGAGAUUUAGGGUCCUGUGCCCUCCCUGCUAGGCCACACUUCAUGGAGAAGACCCCCACCAUGAUACACACACAAGGACCCUGAGAGUGAACGGUGUGAGCCAUAGAUGUGGGAGUGAGACGUGUGUCCGAGAGGGGGCAUGUGUGAGAUGUGAGGAUGGGUGAGGGUGCAUGGAGAAGAGGGCACACAUGUGAGAGGGUCCAUGUGUGUGCGUACGCUCGCAGUGAACUCCCAAAGUCUUUGGGCAAUCAAGCCUCAGGACUGCCAGCUGGCAUAGUAGAUAUGGGGGUUGGGUGCAGAAUGCCCACCUCAGCUGGAGUCCACUGUCAUUUGUAUGCCAAUAAGGACUCAGGAAUGCCCACAUAUGCCAGAUAUAGUGCCCUGACACCAUAACAAAGUGGUCAUUAUUGGAUGCUGCCAGGCCUCCUGUGUGGCUCAGGUCACUGACUGACUGACCCCUUGGCGCGCUCCCUGCCAGAGUAAACAGGGCAUUAACAUUGGCUUGUGUCCAACAAGUAUGCCAAUUCCCGUGGUGCCCGUGCAUGUAGCAGUGUGCCAACAGUGAUGAUGUCCUCCAUGCUUUCCAGUUUCCAUGUCCCAUACCACCUGGCCUCACCUGUCCCUUGCCUGGUCCCUGACUGCUUGACCUCCGCUGUGCUUGUUGUCUCUCGGGGACUCCCAGCCCACUGGGCCAUUUGUGUCAUUGCACUGAUAGCAGAAGGACAGUACACUUUGGCACACCUCCCUGAUUAGUCACAGCUCUGCACUGGCACCAUACGUCAUAAGGUGCCAUAUGCCAGGCUCUCCAUCUCAUAUGAGUGAAUGCUCUCUCUGAUUAAUGCCAGCCUUCGGCAUCACAUGCCACCAUGCCACUACGGAACCUCAUCGGGCAGAGUCAAGGGAGGGACGAGUACAUGGAGCAGAUGAGCGUCACCACUGUCCUCCUACUCUAUGGCUCUGGUCACUACUGUCACACGCCGAGGUGGCUCACAUUUCCAACUCGUUGUGUCCCCCUGCCAACAUGGCGGCCGUCGCUACCCCAUGAAUGCCUGACUGUAACGCUUGCUUGAGUUAAACAAUAAAAGCAACGGGCGAAUCGA